AAAGCUCACAUGUUUUCUUUUCUAUCAGGGCGUUUACAGUGAGUUUCAACAGCUAGCAAGGUCCAUUCUUCCUCUCACAUAAGCUAUCGUUCGGCAGUAUGCCUAUCGACUACUCCAAGUGGAAGGCGAUCGAGGUGUCUGAUGAUGAGGAUGACACCCAUCCAAACAUCGACACACCGUCACUUUUUAGAUGGCGUCAUCAAGCACGUCUUGAAAGAAUGGCUGAGAAAAAGCAGAAGAGAGAGGAGAUUGAAAAGAAUAAGGCAACGAGCAAUAACAAAAUCGAGCAACUCGAACAAAAACUGCAGUCCACGGAUAUUAGUGCUGAUGAGAAAUCAAAAAUUGAGAAGGAGAUAGCAGACAUCAAAGAGCAAGAGGCGAAAUGGUUGGCGAAGGAAAAGGAGUUGGAGGAGCAAGAAAAGCUCGAACCGUGGAAUGUGGACACCAUUGGUCAUGAAGGCUUCAGUUAUUCGAGGGUCAACAAAAUUACUGAGAAAAAGCCGCCUCCGAAGUUGUCCGACGAGGAGGAUUCGAAGAGAAUGACCACAUUUUUCGAUAAAAACGAGGGCCUGAUUCAAGAAUACGGCAAAUUGAAGACCUUGGAGGAAUCUGAAGCUUUCAUCCUUGAACAUCCGCACCUUGCUAGUGAAUAUACAGCGAAUUAUCUCACUAUCGAUGCACUGAACAUGGCAAUUGACAACAAAGAAGAAGAAAUGAGCAACAUUGCUCGACAAUGUAUUGUUAUCCAAUACCUUCUUGAACUUGCCAAAAAUAUGAAUGCCAUUCCCACAAAUGCAAACAUAAUCAAAGCUUUCUUCAAGAAGUUCCGCGCAGCAGAUCCGCAAUAUCUGAAGCUUUACACCGAUGAAGUAGCGGCAUUUGAGGAUAGGCUCCGAAGGCGUGCGAAAGAAAAGAGAGAUGCAGCUUUGGCGGAGUAUGAGGCUGAGGAAAAGGAAAAGCGCAUAGCCGCCGCACCCGGCCAUUUGGACCCUCAGGAAGUAUACGAAUCUCUCCCUGAAGAGAUGCGUGCAGCUUUCGACAGCCAGGAUGUGUCCAGAUUGCAGGAGGUUGCCCUAUCCAUGGACAGAGAGGUGUUUUCCUACCACUUCCAACGUUGCAUCGAUUCGGGUUUAUGGGUACCGAAUGCUUCCGCGGAAGGAGCGGAGGAGGCUCAAGCUGAAGAGGGUGCAUCUACUGAGCAGCACAGUUGAAGAGUUCAACCUUUGAUGCCAUUUCGAUUCUCAUAUGACAUAUGUUUUGUAGAUAUUGCAUUGAUUAAAUAACAUUCGAUCCUCCUGUGCUGGUAACUGGUCGGAUAGCUGAUGUCAUGCAUCCCGUUGACUAAUGAGAUAACGUUGUAUUCUUCUCAUUAGCUAAACUUGUCUUUUUUGUGGCAUUCGCGAUUGUACCAUAGUGAACUUCGUUUUUAUUUGCAUGAUUUUUUAAUUGCUUCACUAAUGUGUUUAUCGCAUUUAUAAAAGAUGAAAAGAGUUUCUUUGCUGGA